UUGUUGCAGUCGAUGAAUGCUUCUAUGGAGUAGGUCUCAUUCUUCUUUUAAUAAUAUAUGCCCAUGGUUGAACAAGUACGAGCAGGUGGAUAAUUUCAUUAAUUUAUACGUGGCAUGCUUUUGACAACAAAAAACAAAGCCACUCUUGGUGCUUUCCAUACCUAAUUCAAAUUGCCAUGUUGUUGGGAAAACCGAAAUUUCACAUGCUAUUCUACGACUAUAUAAAUGCAUGUUUUAGAUACCUCUAGUUAAGAAGCAUCAUCAUCAUAAUAAGGCAUAGUGUGAGUGAGAGAGAAAAUCCUAGAAUGAAGGGAGGUUCAAUUGAAGUUGGUGAAGGUAGAUCCCCAAGAAAAGGAGGGGCAAGAGGGUUAUCUAUAAUGGACUUUGUUUUGAGAAUUAUUGCAGCUGUUGCAACACUAGGUAGUGCAUUGGCCAUGGGGACAACUAAUGAGACUCUUCCCUUUGCCACACAAUUUAUAAGAUUCAGGGCUGAAUUUGAUGACCUUCCCUCCUUUGUGUUUUUUGUGUUGGCCAACUCUGUUGUAUGUGGCUAUCUUGUGCUUUCACUUGUGUUAUCUGUCUUCCACAUAGUCAGGAGCACUGCUGUGAAAAGUAGGAUUAUCCUCAUUGCUCUUGAUACGGUAAUGCUGGGUCUGGUCACAGCAGCAGCCUCUGCAGCAACAUCCAUAGUGUACAUAGCACACAAAGGAAACGCAGGUGCCAAUUGGUUUGCAAUCUGCCAACAAUACAACAACUUCUGUGAACGUAUUUCGGGUUCCCUCAUUGGCUCUUACAUUGCUGUUGCUCUCUUCAUCAUACUAAUCAUCCUAUCAGUCGUAGCAGUCUCUCGAAACUGAUGUCAUGUGUGUGCUUGUGCUCCAACUCUUUAAUUAUA